CCGUACCACUAUGUCCCUACAGAGUGGAUUUGUGUUCUUUUCUUGGUGUUGUACAGUAUCUCAACUGUCCUCCACUUGGGCCAGGCGUUCAAGUAUAAACUCUGGUGGAUGAUCCCCACAGCGACCUUUGCGGGUGUCCUGGAAAUAUUGGGAUGGAGUGCCAGGUUUUGGUCAAGCCAGAGCCCCAAGCUUUUAACACCUUUUGAGAUGCAGCUCGUUGGCACCAUCAUAGCACCUACUCCACUAGUUGCAGCCAACUUUAUCAUCCUUGGCAAGAUAAUCACUCAACUUGGACCUCAGUAUAGCCGUCUGACCCCCAAAAUAUAUACCAUCCUUUUUUGCUGCUUUGAUGUCAUUUGCUUGAUCGUACAAGCUGUAGGAGGUGCAACAGCUGCACACGCGGUUGGUGCGAAGACCAGUGCUUCGAAUGGCGCGAACAUUAUGCUAGGAGGAAUUGCUGCCCAGCUUUUUGCUAUAGUGGUCUACGUCGCUUUGGCGAUUGAGACUCUUUUGCGUUUGAAAUAUAAUGCACCCUUUCGCUACGUUGAUCAGCCUCGCAUAUUGGAGAAAGGCCAAAGUGCUGUAAGUAAGAACUUGCAACUUAUGCUUUGUAGCAUGGCAUUAUGCACCCUCUGCAUCUUCAUUCGAUCGGUAUACCGUACUAUAGAGCUCGCCAAUGGAUGGGCUGGGCCAGUGAUUUCUACGGAGCGCUACUUCGACUGGCUCGAUGGUGGCUUGGUCACUCUUGCUAUUUACACGCUCAAUUUCUUUCACCCAGGUGUCUGGGUGAAGAACGAGGAUCCCACUGCUCAUGCUUCACAGCAAGCUCUUGACGAAGAAGCUAGUGCGACCUAGGUUUUGGACUGUAUUUUAGCUCUUGGGUUUUUCAACGAAGCGGCAAUGGACUUUCAUAAUUACUAGUAGAGUGGUCGUCAGCAAAAUGGUUUGAGGGUAUGCCCACAGAUACCUAUGCGAUUCUUUCACGAAUACCUGGACCUUUCUUGGAUCUCUCACGUAUCUUGGC